UAGCAAACAUAAUUGCUUGUAAUUCUGGUGACUUUGGAAUAAAUAUAAUUGCAACUUUAAACAAUCAAAUAUUUUUAAUUCAAUAUAAAAAUAUUGCAAAAUCUCUUGGUCUUCAAGAUUUACAGAAAAUCGAAUUGGCUUUUAGAAGAUUUG